AUGAGUGAAGAGCAGCAGAUUGAGGAAGAAAACCGAGAUGAACAGCCUCAACAACAAAGAUCUACAUUGACAUCAACAGUUUUGACAGUAUUUUACGAUCGAAACAAGUUGGGAGCUGCCUGUUAUGAUGAAGCUGAGAAAACCAUCCAAUACCUCAAUGAUACUCCAGACGACGAUGAGUAUAACACUUUGAGGUAUUGUAUGUAACUUUAAGUUUUUUUUGUUUUGUUAAUUUAAACUACAUAUUGUUAAAAUUUGUGAUUUUUAUAAAUUAGGUAACAAUUUUGGUUUUAGUGGUCGAAAGAAUAAAGCCUACACAUGUUAUUGCUAAUGCUGGUUGUAAAAAGGACUUCAGAAAGGCUCUUCAAAUUAUGUGUAAGUUAAUUUAAAUGCAAAUUAUUUUAUUUUAACUUUUUGCUGUUGAUGCGAUACUUAUAUUCAACCUUUAAUCAUUUUAGUAAACUGUUAUGUUGAUGACACUUUUGUGAAGGUAGGACAACUAGAAUCCACUGAUAUCGAGGCAUCUAACCGACCUGACCUUGUCCGACCUUACACUUCAGUAGAUGAACAAUCAGAAGGUAACGAUAACACAUCAAGAAUUGUUGAUGAAAGCAGAGAUGAACCUGCACAGGAAACGAAUCAACAAUGGACUUGUUCUUUGCAGUUUAUCUCUAAAAUUUACUUUGGUUUGUUUUAUUUUGUUAACUAAAUUUAGAUUUCGAAAAAUUUGUUUUAUUUGAAGAUUUAGGUAUGAGUUAGUUCUAUAUUUUUAUCUACGGCUUUUUUACAAUAGCGUAAAUAUUGUUUUAGGACAAGAGAAUGGAAUGCAAUGGUUGUCAAAAGUGUUGGACUUUGAUGGCAGAGAUGCUACAGUAAGGACCAAGAUGUUAUUUGAAGCCAAAGAUACCAAUAUGGUGGGUUUAAAUAUGCGUUUCUAAUAUAACAAACUUAAAUAUAAUGUUUUGGUAACGUUAAAGAUUGGAGCUCUGGGAGCCUUGUUGCGACACAUUAAUCAGAUCAGAUUGGGCAUUGAGUUUGAUAAUCCAACAACUUUGGUACCGGUCGAUGCUUUCAAGGCUAUUAUAUUGUAAGUUUAUGGCUAUGGCGUGUCUUAUGGCUAUAGUAUGUAUAUGAUAUGUUUAUUCUUUUUCUUAAAAAUUCUGAACUGAUGACAUUUUACUUUGAGAGGGGAUAUUAUCUACGUUGAUCCAGUGACCAAGAAAGCCUUGGCCAUUUUCGAAAGUGACACAGUAAUCAGGAAAGUGAAUCAUCACAAGAACGCAUCCAAGAAGGCAAAAACUUUGUUUGAACUUUGUGAUUUCACAAAAUCUUCUCCAGGGAAGCGGAAGUUACGGUACGCCAUUUAUAGUGGUCUACAGUAUUAUCUCUAACAUAAUUUAGAUCUUUUACUAUUUGAAUUACCUUAGUAUACAUUGCAUAGUUUAGGUUUUGGUUCUCCCGACCAUUGCGGAACAAAGAGAUAUUGAAGAUUCGCCAAGAAGGAGUAAUGUUCUUUGCUCAAGACACCAACUAUCAACUGGUCAAUUUCUUAAGGGCUAGACUUCGCAAUGUGCAUAGUUUAAUGGUAUGUUAACUACACAGUAGAUUUUUAUUACUUAAACAUGUGUUAAACAUAAUUACACAUUAUUAAAGUUUAUUCUUUAAUAGCAGGAAAUUCAGGAUGUUUGAACUAUUAUUAUAAGGAGCAUAUUGUUACAUAUAGUCAACAGAUUCUGUUUUUAGAGCUUCUUAUAAUGGGUUUUAACAAACAUGUAGUUACUAAUAAAGCUUUAGCUAAAAGAUAAUGCUUUUAGACAAUAUUGGUAAAGCUAUCAAACGGAAGACUGGCAGUUGUUGAUUGGAUAUCGUUAUCUAAAGUAAGCUAAUUUAAAAAAUAUUAUUUUCCUUUGUAUAUAAGGCAUUAAAACUUAUUUUGCAAUUAACAAUACCUAAUGUUCUUGUGGCUAACCAUACGUAAUGUUCAGACGAUAAACGCAUUGAUUGAAAUUGGAGAUUCCUUGAGGAAUUGUGAUGUAAAUCUGACAGUUUUGGGUCCAGGAGAGAAGUGUUUGGGCGGAGAACUGGCCAGAAUCGGAGAACUUUUGAAGAAGACAUUCAAUCAAACAGAAUCCAUAGAUGAGAGCAGAUUCGUGGUGAACGAAGAUGUAUCACCUGAACUUGAUCAUUGUAAUUAGACUGAGUUUUGAGUUUUUAAGCUUUAAUUCAAACUAAUUUUUUUAAAGCUGACAAAGUAUACUUAUGUAAACCUUCUCUUAUAUGAUAAGAUUCAUAUUUUUAUAUAUUUUUCAUACAUUACUUUAAGAUUUAAAUAUAUUUAUAUCCAUUUUUAGUAAAAAGCACAUACUCAACGCUGGGAGAGCACCUGACAAAGGUGGCGGAGGCAGAAAUCAACAAUUAUGGCAUUCCGAGCUGUUCCGUAUGUUACCUACCUAUCAUCGGAUACAUGUUGAUGAUUCCAAUACAUGUGGCUGUACAUAUUGAACACGAAGACUUUGAAAAGGUAUAUUCUACAGAGAAUUCAGUCGGAUUCAAAACACCAGGAAUGCUGGAGUUGGAUCGAGUUUACGGUGACAUACGCUCCAGAAUUAUCGACCGGGAAACAGUCAUUGCUAAUAGGUAGGUAAUGUCUCUUAAUAUAUGAAUUGGGUAUAGUCAGGGCCGGGCGCGAGGGAGGGGGGGGUACCCCCCCCCCCCCCCAGAAAAAAAUUUUUGAAAAAAGUUGAACGUGGUCCCCCCCCCCUGUGGAUCUUCGGAAAAAAAAUUUUGCAAAAAAUCGGCACAGGUAGCUGCUACCUGUGCCGAUUUUUUGGACUCUCGCCCCCAGACCAAAAGUCCCCGCCCGGCCCUGGGUAUAGCAAUAGGUAUAGUAAUGUCUUUAUUUUACUGUUGGUUUAUGGUCCUUGACUGUUAUCUAUCAUAUAAAAAUUAAUGUUAUUUUAGCCUUCAAGAGCUGAUUGCCCAGAGGAAGAAGGUAAUAGUCGAAGCGAUGGAAGUUGCGGCAACUUUGGAUUCUCUGAUAUCACUAGGUAUUGCUGCGAACAAAUACGAGUGGAUUCGGCCUCAUUUCAGCGACAAAUGUCUGAUUAAGAUUGAAGGAGCACGACAACCACUGGUCGAUUCUGGCCAAAACGAUUUUGUUCCCAAUGACAUUAAGUAAGACGCUUUAAUCGUUAAGAAUUUGAGACAUGUAUUAAUAUAUUAGGUUUUUAAAAUAAUUCUGUGCCCCUAGAAGCAAAUUUUGGGGCUAUAUAAGCAUUAGGUUCACUGUAUUUCAGAUCAGCCAGCCCAGAUGUGGUGGAAGGCUACAGUAAAGUCAAACUAAUUGCUGGUCCAAAUGCCUCAGGCAAAAGUGUCUACUUAAAAAUGGUAAUUUUUUAUUCAACUAUUAAUUUUAAAUUUAAAAUAAAUUAAAAUUUUCAUUUAAAUUUAAAUCAUUUUUUGUUAGCGAUCUGACAAUUUCGUUAUUUUUACAUUCCAUAUACAAAAUGAAUAUCAACAUGUAUUACGAAUACAGUUUAAGGUUGGUGUAAUUGUGUACCUAGCACACGUGGGAUCGUAUGUCCCAGCCAAGAAGGCCGAGAUCGGACCUGUGUCCCAAAUCAUCUCUCGAAUGUACACUGUGGACUCUGUGUUGGAUGGCCUAUCCUCGUUCGCCAGCGAUUUGAAACAAAUGUCACAUGCCAUCAGGAAAACCGAUGCCAACAGUCUGGUACUCAUCGACGAGUUUGGCAAAGGAACUAUGACUGUAAGCUUUAAGUAUACCAAAAUAUUUAUGAAUAUUGAGCAGACAUAUAGAUCCGAAAAACAAAUUUGUAUGCAAAUUUUGAACUUUUUAGGAAGUUGGUAUUGGACUCUUAGCCGGCUGUCUGAACUAUUGGUUGGAGAAGCCUCGAGACUGUCCUCAUAUCUUCUUGGCCACUCACUUCUGUUCGUUACCUAAUUAUCUGAUCGAAAGUCCACUUUUGGCCGAACAUGUAAGUUGUUAUAGAAUGCUUCACAAAUCUUUAGAAAAUGGAAGUUCUGAAAGACGAUGACAAUAUCCUGACAUUUACAUUUCGUUUCGUCAAUGGUCUGUCAACACAUUCGUAUGCCAGUUUCACGGCUGCCAAAAUGGGAAUACCUCCAAACGUGGUCAAGAGAGCGGAUCAGGUAAGCUUUUCUAAUUAACUUUACUUUGGCAUCACUUUAUAAGGAUAAUACAACGUUAUCGUAGGUAUUAGUAUCUGUAAUUUAAAAAAAAAUACUUUCUGCGUCAAAUAUUACUAAAAGAAUGACAUUUUCAGGUAUACGAUAAACUGAAGCGAGGUAAAACAUUGACAGAGGUUGAAGGUCAUAAUCAAGAAGAAGAGAAGGAGUACAACCAGCUAGUCCAGAGGAUGGAACAACUGUACGAUGACUUUGUCAGUUGGGAUAUGACUGAAGAUGCAGCCGGAUUCGUUGAGCUGGCUAAAAAGUGUCUAAAUGCUUCUGAAGAAGAUGAUCAGGUGCAAGAUGUUGUUAUCGAGUAG